CAGAGACACGGAGAUUGGCUCUACAAAGUCGUAGGGGAGAGCGCCUUCUUCUUUCGGUGGUUCAGGAGCGAGCUAACCAAACAAGUCUUGGUGGUGUUCUAGAGAGAGUGUGAGAAGAGAGAAGAUGGUGGAGCAUUUGCUUGGAUUACUGAGGGUGAAAGUGGUGAGAGGAGUCAACCUCGCCAUCCGAGAUUUGAGGAGUAGUGACCCUUAUGUUGUCCUUAGGAUGGGCAAGCAGAAAUUGAAGACUAAAGUUAUCAGGAAGAAUGUCAAUCCAGAGUGGAAUGAAGAGUUAACUCUCUCUGUGGAGGAUUGUAGUCUUCCUGUCAGACUUGAAGUAUAUGAUAAGGACACAUUCAGCUUGGAUGAUCCCAUGGGGAAUGCUGAAUUUGACAUCCAGCCAUUUGUGGAGGUUCUGAAGAUGAAUUUAGCAAAUGUCCCAAAUGGUACUGUUAUCACAAAAGUAUCACCAACCCGACAAAACUGCCUGGCUGAGGAGAGCCCCAUCUACUGGUCUGACGGAAAGGUCAUCCAAGACUUGGUCCUUCGACUCCGCAAUGUGGAAUGCGGUGAAAUUGAACUUCAGCUACGUUGGGUUAACGUGCCUGGCUCCAAGGGUUUGUAGGAUAUAUUAUCUGACACUGUUAGCCGGCAAGAAUGGCCUUUUAGUUCCUCGGCCGCAUAUCCAAUUUAAUAGUACAAUGGUUUGUUUGUAGUCCUCCUCCCCUGCGUCUGGUAUAUAAAACCUUAGCAAACGGUGAUGGCAGUAUUCUAUAUGAAACUUGAGUUAUGAUAUAACUAGUUGUACAUGUCUAUAUAUCAUACUAUGAUAAAAUUUCUAGUUGUUUCUGGUUUGAA